AUGGCCAUCUCAUCAACCAUUCCUCGUGGCGAUGUCACAGCAACUCUCAAUUUCUUCAACCCUCCUACAGACAAGUCAAUCCCCUUCAACUUCGUCGACACUCCCCCCGAGGGUCAACCACAGCGCAACUUCACAGACAACCCUCAGCCAACCACCAUCCGCGACAUCCGCGGCCGUGAACCAGAAUACAACCUAGAUCACGACGCCUUCCAAGUCAUCCAGGACGUUCCACCCUCAAGUGAACACGACUUUGUCGAUGAUGACUCCAUCAAGACAAAUUACUACCCCGAGGUGGAGCAGCUUCUCCUCAACACAGUCCCUGGCUCGAAUCGCGUAUUCUUCUUUGACCACACCAUUCGUCGACAGACAUCCGAUGCUGCCCGAGGCCCCGUGACUCGUGUGCAUAUUGAUCAAACUGCCGAUGCUGUGGCUCAGCGAGUUCGCAGAUAUUUCCCAAACGAGGCAGAUGAGCUCCUCAAGCGUCGAUAUCGUCUUAUCAACGUCUGGCGACCUCUCACUAAGCAACCUCUCGAGUCUUUCCCUCUGGCUGUUGCGUCCUCCGCUUCUGUAGAGGAUGACGAUGUUGUACCUGUUGAGCAUCGAUAUCAAGAUGGUUACCGCGGCUGGACUGCGGCCAUUCGUCACAACCCAGAGCAGAAAUGGCAUUACCUCAGUGGCAUGAAGGGCAGUGAGCGGCUGGUGCUAGAGUGCUUUGACAGCGAGUCACUUAAGCCUGGUUCCAAGAUCAAGGGCCGCGUACCGCAUACUGCUUUUGAGGACCCAAGAACUCGCCCUGAGGCAGAGGGUCGUGAGAGCAUCGAGGUCCGCACACUGGUAUUCGGUCCCUGAACUCGUUCUUGUUGAAGGAACAGAUUGGAACUUGGCGGAAAGGGUCUUUUACGAUGGCAUGAUUCAUUCACUUCAAAGUUGCUACAGAUUGGUUCAAUUUCAUACUCAUAUAAGGAAA